UAUAUAUCGCCCAAGCCGUAAAGCGGGGGUUAUUGUUGGGGUAGCUAACCAGAAACAUAAACAAAAGCAGAAGUUAGCCUGCCGCUUUCUCCAUCACCAGUGUUGGAAUGGCAGCCUCCUCCUCAUCCUCCUCUGCCGGAGGGGUUAGUGGGAGCUCCGUGACUGGCUCUGGAUUCAGCGCGUCUGAACUCAUCCCCCCGCGUAAGGUCCUCUACACUUAUCCCAAAGGAGCCGGGGAGAUGAUGGAAGACGGCUCAGACAGAUUUCUGUGUGAGUCUGUGUUCAGCUACCAGGUGGCGUCAACACUGAAACAGGUGAAGCACGAUCAACAGGUAUCUAGAAUGGAGAAACUGGCCAGUUUGGUUGAAGAGCUGGAAGCAGAUGAGUGGCGUUACAAACCAAUCGAACAGCUUUUGGGAUUUACUCCGUCUUAAAGUCCAAAUAAAGACCUGCUCAGUAGCCGCUAGCUGGUCACCACUGGAGGAACAUGUUGACCGCAGAGCACUACUCUAUUUCCAACACAUUUGGGUUAUUGUCAUUUAUUGUGUCAUUCCCACAGGGAAGGAUGUUCCUGCCUGUUAUUGGCCAAUGAUUAGCUGAGGUCACUAACUGGAGGAAGGAACACCCUGAUCCGAGAGAGAUAUUGUUGUGACCUA